AUGAUCUCUCCUAUCUUAAUUCGUAAAUCUGAUAAUAUCUUUACUACUCAGAAAAUUAAUACAUGUUCACUUGCUACCACAGCUCCUAUUAUUCCUACUCCUGAUGAGCAAAAUACUACUUUCCCUAGAAAAUAUGGAGAUAAACUUAUAAUAACACUUAUUCCUGGCGAUGGUGUUGGACAAGAGGUCUCUGCCUCUGUAAAGGAUGUUUUCAAAGCAGCAAAUGUUCCUGUUGAAUUUGAACAAUUUAAUAUCACCGGAUUGACUCCUCUAGAUGAUCCUCUCCUCCAAGAAUCUAUGAAAUCUCUUCGUCGUAAUAAAGUUGGUUUAAAAGGUGCUCUUUUCACUUCCACCUCUAGUUUAGAUCAUAAAUCUCUCAAUGUUAGCAUACGUAAAGAACUUGAUUUAUAUGCUUCUCUUUCUAUUUGUAAGAAUGUUCCUGGUGUCAAGUCCCGUUUGAAUAAUAUUGAUAUAGCUAUCAUCCGUGAAGGUACCGAAGGUGAAUAUUUGGGAUUAGAACAUCAGUCUGUACCUGGUGUUGUUGAAUCUCUUAAAGUUAUUACUCGCACUAAUACUAAACGCUUGGCCCAUUUUGCAUUUGAUUUUGCUGUCAAGAAUAAUAGGAAAAAAGUUACAAUUAUUCACAAAGCUAAUAUUAUGAAACUAGCUGAUGGACUCUUUUUAAAGACCUGCCGUGAAGUUGCCAAGGAAUAUGCUCAUCAUAAUAUUGAAGUGAAUGACAUGAUUAUUGAUAAUACGGCUAUGCAACUUGUUUCUCGUCCUCAGCAAUUUGAUGUUAUGGUUAUGCCAAACUUGUAUGGUAGUAUUGUAUCCAACAUUGGUGCUGGUUUGAUUGGUAGUCCUAGUUUGGUUCCAGGUUGUAAUAUUGGUCCAGAAUAUGCUUUAUUUGAACCUAGCUGUCAUCAUGUUGAUCUUAAUAUUCAAAAUCAAGAUAUAGCUAACCCUACCGCUAUGCUUUUAUCUGCUGUUAUGAUGUUAAGAUACUUAAAACUAGAUGAAUAUGCCAAUAGAAUUUCGACUGCUAUCUACGAAACAAUCCGUAAUGACAAGUUUAGGACUUUAGAUAUUGGUGGUAAUAGCAGUACCAAGGAGUUUACGAAUGCUGUUAUCAGCUACCUCCUAUAG